AUGCAUGUUGAAUUGUACUCAAAGGAAGCCAAACUCAUGAGAGUGGUUUGGGAAGUCCCUGAUAUUGAGCCUGACCGUGGUCUAUAUUUGAUGAGGCUAAUGGAGUGCUAUAAGGGAGAUCUAGAAGGGAAGUGGGAAACAAGACUUAAAGGAAUAAAACAUAGUGAUGUUGCGGUAUUAUCAAGACUGAGGUACAAAUAUAUGUAUAGACUGAUGACCUCGGAUCACAACCUGCAGAAAGACAUGUUGUUGGAAGAAGCUGAUAAGUUUUCAAAGUUAUAUAUAUUGCAGAAAUGUAUUUUGUUUGAUGAUGCGAAGGAGUUGGAAAAGAAUAAAAGAAAGAAGUUUAAUAAAAAAGAAAGGAAAGGGAAAAAGUGGCCGAAAAAGGGUAUAGUUGCAGAAGAAUGUUAG